GUCCUCGGCAGCGUGAGACCCCCCUAGACAUCCAACUUUCACAUACGACAAUCGGGAACACUCUCAGAUGAUGCUGCAGACGCACACGCGUGGCGCCGUCCAAGGUCUGUCCCUUCGCUGCCAUCUUCAGCCGUGUGGGCGACCCUCUGGUGCCCGCACACACAAACACGGUCUCACAUUCUGCCUGCGACGUGCGCUGGCGAUUGGCCUGGCUGAUGCGUGAUGGGGGACGCUUCUCCCGGUGGUUAGCAGGCUCUGACCCUGCCCGCACGAUCGUCUCGCCCGUGGAAGCCCAUCCACGCGACCUCGCAUGCCGUCACAUUCCCAAUGCUGGCGUCGUACAUUCCCAUCCUUCUGCUCCUCGGUGCGCGAGCAGUCCCAGGCCGGCUUGCGGCAUUUGCGCGCGCUAACGCCAUGUAUCGUUGAGAUUUCCGGAACUUUGACCGAUCGCGUUCAGCAAGGCAGGAUGAUCAUUCGCGCCGAACAGAUUAUCGUGAUCGAAACAUCCAGGCUUGCUGCAGUCAGGGACAUGCAGUGGCAAUGUUCUGUCAUGUCUGAGAUGGCGAGGAAAGUCAUUCACCAUGGUAUAUACACGCGUCGACCUAUUUGGUAGAAACGAGAGUAGCUGCUCAAUAGUGACGGGUUAGGGUUAUUGAAAGGGCAGGAGAUUUGCCAAAUUAAGUCGCGGAGUCCAAUCACCACUUCAUUCACGUAUAUCUGUAGCUGAAGCAGCCACGUUACUAUGUAGUGCGACUUUUAUACCGCUGU